AUGUUGUGCUCGAUCGCUGAGAACAAGUUAAGUUACGACUUGUUGCAGUCCAAGUUGGAGCACGACCCAAACAUCAAUCAGGCAUUGGCCAACUAUGCAAUGUUUGGAGGCAUGGAGCCUUUCAAGAAGGGCAUAGCCAACAUGCUUGAGAAGUACGUCUUCCACUGUGCUGCCAACACUGUCAACACCCAACAUCUCUGCGUUGGUGCUGGUACAACUGCUUUGCUCGAGGGUAUCUUCUUUGCCCUCUGUGACCAAGGUGACUCUGUCAUCAUCCCAUCUCCAAUGUAUCCCGCCUUUGUAACAGACGCGAGAGUCAGAGCUGGCGUCAAGGUCAUCCCAGCCUCACUAACAGACACUGCUGCCGCCGCUGAGGGCAAGGUGGCAUUCAAGAUUAACGUGGAGGAGUUGGAGAGAGCAUAUCAGAAGGGCAAGGAUGAGGGCUCACCGGUCAAGGCCGUCGUGCUCUGCAGUCCAAACAAUCCAACUGGUACAGUGUUCUCAUCGGACGAGCUCAACGAGGUCAUCGCAUUCUGUCGCAAGCACAACAUUCACCUGAUCUCUGAUGAGAUCUACGCUCUGUCAAUCUUUGGCGAAAAACCAUUCGUCAGUGUCUAUGAGCUGCUCGAUGGCAAGCUUGGCAAUGACAUACAUAUCGUGUCGGGCUUCAGCAAGGACUUCUGUCUCAAUGGAUAUCGCGCUGGAUACAUCUACACCCAGAAUGCACAGCUGUUGCGCUACCUCUACAAGGAGUACGUCUUCUUCCAAUGCAGCAACCCAGUUCAAUCCGUACUCGCCAACAUCCUCAACGAUGAUGCCUUCCUCGGUAACUUUAUCCAAGAGAACCAGAAGCGUUUGAAGUCUCAUUAUGCACUUACUCUUCAGUUGUUGAAGGAACAGAACAUACCAUAUAUUGAUUCGGACUCUGGAAUGUAUUUGUUGCUCGAUGUUAGACAAUUGCUGAAGGAGCAGACAUUCGAUGCCGAGUUACCAGUAUGGUGUGAAUUGUUUAAGCAAUCAAAGGUGUUGGUCAACUCUGGCAAGUCCACGCUCGGUGACGUUCCAGGUCUUUUCCGUUUCAUCUUCUGUCACAAGGAGCCACAACUACGCAUUGCCAUCCAACGUUUGGGCAAGGCUUACAACAACAUUUUGGCCACAACAUCCAAGAGUGUUUAG